AUGACGACGGCGCCAUUUUGCUUGGGUACUACAAGCUGCCAGAUGUUGCCACCUCUCCAACUGGGACUCCUCUAUAUGACCGAGCCUCUUGCUAAAAUGCCACCAAAAUGUGGAUUCAACAAUGUUCAAGUUGUUGGCUCUGAUGGCAAAUACUUCAACUUUCGUAUGGGCCUUGACAAUUCUGGUUGA